AAUUUGUUAUUUCAAGCAGCGCACUUUUCGCGCAUGCGCCGUCGUUUGAAAUCCUGCGCUAUGCUUUCUCAUUAAGAAAGCCACAGCAAUUAAUUGACCUACAUGUAAUGCACAGGUAUUGCGUGUGUCAUCUCAAAACAAUUAGCUUUCUGAUCAGGUAAAAUUGAGUUUAAUUUAUCACUGUGGGUUCUUUCCAAAUAGGCACACUACCGCCAUACAUUUUUACUAGGACAACAGUUUAAUUUAAAGGUCUGCUGUGCCGUAUUUCGUAGCAAUGAAUUAAUAUCUAACAGUAAGUCCACGAUUGUUCAGCGUAGGAAGAAUGGCUAAACGUGUGGAGCAAAGUCAUCCAAUAAUGGAUCAGUUUAAGAAACGUGAUAUCACAAAUGAGAAGGUAGAGAAAUUGUAUGGGACGUGGGCAAAGGAUUUCGAAAAGGAUAUGGCAAAUCUUGUAUGCUGCUCACCCCGCAUUAACGCUUCCGAGCUCGACAUACUGCUUAAAGACAAAAAGGAUGCAUUAAUUUUGGACGCAGCCUGCGGAACUGGUUUGGCGGGCUUAGAACUUUUCAGACGUGGUUACCACAACCUCCACGGCCUGGACGGAUCAAGCGAAAUGCUUGAGCAGGCAAAACAGAAAGGCAUCUAUAAGAAAACGAUGUGUUCUAUAAUUGGUUCUCAUAGAUUGGACAUUUCGGAUGACACAUACGACGCGGUCAUUAUGUCUGGAGCUGUAGGAUGCGGACACGUGCACGGAGGUGGGUUGGCAGAACUGAUACGAAUUGUUAAACCAGAAUGA